AUGACUGCUUCCCUAAUGCUGACAACUAGCCUAAGUCCACUCGGUGCCCCAGAGUUUCAGCUCUAUCUUGCCACUAUCACUAUCAGCCUGGAGAGAUUAACGAGGCCAAUAUACUUCCAUGAUAACUCUUGCAUGACACUCUGCAUCUCCCAGACAUUCACCGAAUUCCCUUACUUCCCAGCUUCCCAAUGUCAUUCUCCCAAUUCCCAAAGAAAUGUUCGUCACUUACCUCUACUAUUAGCUUUGGAUACAGAUGAUAAUAAUAAUCGUUACAAUUUUAGUACAUUGUUGCAAUCGAAAAAAUAUAUAAGCCUGUACUGCAAUUACCUACAGUGCAGACGGCUGCUGGUAAACACACGUAACUCAAGGAGAAAAAUAAGGAUGCUGCGGUCAGUCUCUCAGCUGUCUGCAGCAUGCAGCAGAGCAGCCUUCACAAAUAUGAGAUUAGUGGCAACAAAUAAGUGUAAAUCAUCUCUGCCCUGCAUUAGAUUAAAUCCACCAUUAUUGUGUCAGGCAAACCAGCUUCACACAGUGCACUUGAGAAAUGGAUUGAUUUCAAAGAAGAUAUCAAGUCUUUUUGCCACAAAACCUGUGGCACCUGCAGGAGUUCCCAGCCUCCUCGUGCCCACACCAGCCACAUCAGCUUCUCAGACACGGAGUGUUGUAAAAUGGUCAUUGCAGAAAGGCAAGCGCAAGACUGUGCAAGCGGUUUUGAAACGUUUUAAAAGACUUGAUUGGGGAGGCCGUGGAAUGUGGAUCAGAGCAAGACAGGGAGCAAGUAAAAAAAUGUGGAAGAAGUCACAAAAGCAGCGAUUGCGAGCAAAAACACACGUAUUUUGUAAUGCCACACAGUCACAAAUGCUGGAUAAAAUGGUGUGCCGUUACUGGAAGAAAACCCGUCAUUACCCUGAUGAUCCAUUUAGGCCAUACCUUAGACGUGACAACUUCAAAGCAACAAUGUCACGACCAAGAGAAUUCUUUUAAAAUAUACAACAGCUUAGUGUAGGUUGAUAUGAAAUUAUAACUUUAUUCUGAAAAACAAGAAGAGUAAUGUGCUAUGAUUUUCUUUGAUGUUUUGUACAUAAGAAUAAAUGUUUUAAAAUUGGAAA